AUGUCGUCUCCUUUGACUAGGACCGACGACCACACUGCCGAGCGUCGAGCUCGGGAGGUUUAUCGAUUUUUUCGCCCGGAGCGUCUCUGCCCGAUCCAUGAAAUUCCAACGUCUGCCAGUGAUAGCGGCUCGCCUCGGAGUUUUGACCAGCUUUCGGAUGCAUCGGGCGCUCGAGGUCGUUCGCCAUGCAGUCCGUCACAAUCAUCAGAAUCUUUACAAAUCUCGACCACUCCAGUGGCACAUUCAUCAAGGCCAUUACCUGAAUCUCUUGUUCUUGGUGAUGCAAACACAACUUUGAGCUCAUUUGUGCAGCUGGUUGCGCUGCGACUGGAUGUUGAUCGUGCGUUCAUCAGUGUAUCCGACCGAGACUCGCAGUAUAUUAUUGCGCAAGGUGGCCAAACUACGGAGGUUACGAACACGUACGAUAAGAUUGGUGAAAAUUUGUACGGAGGCUGUUCCACGCUUGACGCCAGCACGUGGAGUAUGUGUCAGGAUACCGUGGCAUUGCCCCCGUCUGAUAGAGAGCAAGCGGAAUACAGCUUUAUCAUCUCAAGCGACAUGACUCAGGACGAACGCUACCAGAAUAUGCCUCUAGUAACAGAAAAACCGAAUUUUCGAUUCUACGCUGGGACGCCAUUGACGACAGACAGCAAUAUCAAUGUCGGCUGCCUAUUUGUCUUUGACACUAAACCCCACGCUAAAUUUUCUAGCGAAGAUAGAGGCUCUAUGGGUCACAUGGCAAUGUUGAUUAUGGACUUUUUGAAAGUUAGUCGCCAAGCCUCGGAAGGCCGACGUGCAGCUCGCUUGUUGCGAGGAAUCAACAGCUUUGUCGAGGGCCAGUCAAGCUUUCUUAAGGAUACAGGGAGCUCUAGAAGUCCUUCUGCACAGUCCAGUGAGGCGCCUGGAAACAGAAAAAGGAGUCGUCACCGGAGGAACAGCAGCAGGUCUUCCUUACACUCCUACUCUUCACGCAGUAGCAGUGAACAUUCGGCCUCGGAUUCCGAGCCAUAUGAUCCGUCUUCCUGCUCAAGUUACAACCCGACAAUUCGCGAUAGACCAGAGGGAUGCAACAUUACUGACAACAAGACGGAAAAUUCAUGGACCUUUCGACGCGCUGCAAACCUCAUACGCGAGAGCCUGGAGCUGAGCGGCGACAGUGGCGUGGCUUUUCUAGAAGCAGGUUCUGACUCCAUGCUAGAUCGUGGCAGUGAGAGUGAAUUUUCCAGCUCCCAUGAGACCGGGAAAUCGGCGUCUAUUCUUAGUCUCUCCACCGCGGAUAGCUUGUACGGCCCGUACGAAGGCGCAGCCUCGUCAUAUCCCGUCACAAGUAUGGACGAAGAAUUCCUGAACCGUCUUCUCAAUACGUAUCAUCAGGGAAAGAUUUGGUCACUUCACCGCGACGGCCAACUUUCAAGCUCCGACAGUGAAGAAGUAUCUCAAAAUCGGUCUACUUCAAGAAAAUCUCAUUCUUCGUCAAUACCUUCGAAAGGCUCAAAGGGUUGGAAGCUCAAAGAAAAUAAGAUGCUGAACAAGUACUUUCCCGGCGCUACGCAGGUCAUAUUUGUGCCAUUAUGGUGUGCUGCUAACUCACAAUGGUUUGGUGGCUGCUUUUGUUGGAACAACGUGGAAAGUGUUGUCUUUGACCCAUCAGUGGAACUCAGCUCUUUGUUGAGUUUCGGAUCGUCCAUUAUGUCUGAAUGUAGUCGAGUUGAGUCGCUCAUUUCGGACCGUCAAAAGGCAGAUUUCCUUGGGAGCAUAUCGCACGAGCUGCGAAGUCCUUUGCAUGGGAUUCUAGCAGCAGCGGAAAUCCUUCAGAGCACUGAUUUGACUGAGUACCAGAGCUCUUUGAUGGAUACCGUCAAUGCAUGCGGUCGGACCUUGUUGGAUACCAUGAAUCAAGUAUUGGAUUACAGCAAAAUCCUAUCCUUGGAAAAACGAUUCCGACAUCUCGACCGCCGAAGACUCUCGACAUUGGAGCUUAAAAAAAUGCAUCGGUCCGCAGCACAUUUAGACAAAUACGCCGCAACAGAUCUCUCGAUAUUGGCGGAAGAGGUGGUGGAUGGUGUCUGUUUAGGCCACCAGAACCUUCAAAAGUUCUCUUUAUCUUCCCAUGUUCUGACAUCCAUUGGAGCGAAGCAUGGCGCAGUUGAAGCCAGUCUCUCGCCCCCCAAAGUUGAUGUUACAAUCGAUAUAUCUUACAACAACUGGGUUUAUAACAUUCCUCCAGGGGCGGUUCGACGCAUCAUAAUGAACAUAUUCAGUAAUGCGAUCAAAUAUACAGAUUCAGGCGAGGUUUCGCUACGACUAGAGGUCGAAAGCUCGUCCUCUCGAAACGGCACACAAGAAGACAUAGUCACCAUCACAGUGACUGAUACUGGUAAGGGCAUCUCGGAGGAUUUCCUACGGUCGAGACUCUUCGUUCCCUUUAUCCAAGAAGACUCUCUGGCCAGCGGCUCUGGACUGGGUCUCUCUAUCGUUCGCAGUUUACUCAAACCCCUCGGCGGUAGCAUCGCUUUCCAAAGUAAGCCGGGUGUCGGAACAACUGCAAAGGUAACUCUUCCACUUGUCCGUCCAGGACAAGAGUUCGAGGCUCAUUUCGGAUCAACACCACCACCCACACCCGAUCGACCCACGAUAUCAACUGAUGCUCAUAUCUUGCGUGAGAAGUACUCAGCAAGUACCGUUGCCAUUGUGAAUCCAAAGCUUGAAGAUGGUUCCAAUGGCCCAUCCUACGGAGUUGUGUCACGCUAUCUUACCGACUGGUUUGAUCUCAAGAUAGUGCCGUCUUCUUCAGAAACACCCAUCGAUGUUGUUUUUCUUGCCGAAUUGCCCUCCGAAGACGAUACUCAGAGCAUGUUUGCCCACGACAAGUCAUCUAUACUCAUGCUGAGCAACGAGUAUAUCGGCCACGAUUCAGUACAAGUGAAGACGAAAUUUGGACUUCGAAACGUGCACAUCAUCAAUCGUCCAUGCGGCCCACACAAGUUUGCUCGAAUCAUUAAGAGAUGCCUGGAUCGGGAGCCAUCCACCACAGCCGUGGAGCCUAAUGUUUCUGAGCAUCCUCCUCACCUCGCCUCAACCGGACAUGCGGAAAAUGGGAGUUCUCAAUCGGAUAAUGGGAUCGAACCCACUGAGGCAACUGUCGCAGUCCCUGUGCAGAAAGCCGAGUCUCCACCCCAGUCCACCGCAGAUGAACUCCAAUACCCAGCGCAAAAGGAAGGGGUCCGAAUAUUGGUAGUGGAAGAUAACAAAAUAAAUCUUAACCUGAUACUCGCUUUCUUGAGAAAGCGCGGUCUCACUGCCAUAGACUCGGCCGAGAAUGGUAAACAAGCUGUCUCUGCAGUGAAAGAGCAGCAACAGAACUACGAUUACAUUUUCAUGGAUAUAUCUAUGCCAGUCAUGAAUGGUUUUGAAGCUACGCGAGCGAUUCGAGCCUUGGAGAAGGAGCACGGUGAUGAGUCGAAGCGAUCAAAAAUCGUUGCUCUGACAGGGCUCAGUAGUGCGGCUGAUGAGGUGGAGGCCCUUGAUUCUGGAGUGAACAAGUUUCUCACGAAACCUGUUUCAUUCAAGGAGGUAGAAAAGUUAUUGGAUCACUGGGAUAAUCAAGAAGAAAUUAAACCCGAACAGAAAGACUGA